ACUGGCUCGCUGGAAGCUCCCGUUUCUGACGCGUGGGUGGCGGAAAAAACGAGACAUUGUAGAAUUUGGUUUUGGCCGUUACGUGUCCCCUCGUGCCAUUAGGGCACAAGAGAGAGGGAGCAGGCAUCUUGGCGGCGGCGGAGGGGCCGAACCACCUCCCCCAGUCCUCGAGGCGCGAGGGGGGCAGGGACGGGAGAAGCAGCGCUCCCCCGGUUGAGGAGCCUCCCGGACGGUGCCUGGAGUAUGGGGGGCUGGUGUGAGCCCCCGAACAUGGGGGGCUGGAGCUGCCAGUGCCUCGUGGCCCGGUCCUGCCCAACAGUCACGUCCACGGUGCUAGUGCUCGGGCAGCUGUGGCAACUGUAGCCGCCCAGGGCUUGCGGUCUUCGGCGGGAAAGCCAGCAGCAUGCGUUCUGUCACUGCGUAGUCUCUGUGUCAACUCUCCCUCUGUCCUUCUUCCUUUUUCCUCGUCCCCGCUCCCCAUCCUUCUUUCCCGUCCCUGUGUGUAUUCUUUUCCAGAACUUCUAUUCUCCUUCCCUCCUCCCACAGCUUUCCUCUUUCUGCUCUUUAUUGUUCCUCCUCUUAGUCUUGUAUUCCCUCCACUCCUUUUCGCCACCCUCUAGUUCGUUCUGUCAUCCUCCAAUACAAACUGUCCGUUUCCCCUCCCACACAUCAUCCCCUAUCUUCCCUCUUAUUUGUCUCCGCCCCUCGCCCCCGCCCGAGUCUCCGCCCCUUAGCCCCCGCCCCCAGUCUCCAGUCCCUAGAAACUCAGUCCAGCAGUCAGUCUUGGGAACCCAUAGCUUAAGCACCAGGAGCUGAGCACUGCCCGCUCUGCCUGUCUUCAUGCAAGUCUCCGACAUGGCUCAGGAGCAAAUGGAGCUGGACUUUGAGCCUGACACAUCUGAUGGGGGCACCCUGAGGAAAUCCACCAGUGCUCCCCUGAUCCAUGAGCUCAGUGACCUUUCAGAGGUUUUUCAACCUUGUACAUUUAGAACUCGGAGGAACAGCACAACAAUUAUGAGCCAUCACAGUUUGGUAAGUAUCAAAGAAGAAGGCCUGGAUAUGAUGAACAGAGACAUUGAACAUGAAAGGGAAAUGCAAACAUCAAUGCAGAUAAGCCAGUCAUGGGAUGAGAAUUUGAGCCUGGGUGAUAGUGGUUUUGACAAGCAAGAGAAAUUGUAUUCUCCAAAGAGAAUCGACUUCACUCCUGUUUCUCCAGCACCUUCGCCCACCAGAGGAUUUGGAAAGCAGUGCUUUUCACCAUCCUUACAAAUGUUUGUGAGUAGCAGUGGGUUGCCGCCAAAUCCCAUUUCUAAUCCAAGACCAUUUCCAAGCAGGGCAAGUCAGAGUCCAGUCAAGUGCAUUAGGCCCAAUGUUCUUGGUCCUCUGAAAAGAAAAGGUGAAAUGGAGACAGAAAGCCAGCCCAAGAGAUUCUUCCAAGGCACCACCAACAUACUGUCUCCAGAUGGUGAACAACUGUCGGAUCUCAGUUCAUGGUGGUGUUAUCAAGGAGAAGAAAUUCCUGCCUUGACCAGAUGUGUGGAGCAUCUACAAAUGAACGAAUAAUGUUAUUUACACCCCAAACCACUGUGUACAAAAGUGAGCAUCCAUGGAGCUGUCAGUGUCUCUGGUGGUGUUAUGGUGGUUUAGGUGCCUGUGGUCCACUAUUGUGCUCUAAGGGAUGUCUGUUAUAAGGUAGUGUGGAAAAGGAGGCUUUAUGUAUAUGAUUGCCACAUACUAUUUUGCUUGCUACUUUUUUUCUGAUUCCUUUUUGUCAUUGGGUUUGUUUUGUCAUGUGGUAAUUUGUGUUUUGAUUAUUGUGUUGCUGCCAGAGGCAGCUCUUAUUCUUCUGCCUUAUAGAGAGUAGCUUAAUAUCUGCAAGGAAGCUUGUAGGAGCCCAAAAAAGAUAAUAUUAUGCAUCCUGUUUUUAAGAAGCUGUGUGAGCUGUAGUGUAUAUGCUAAAAGUAUGAGGUACCACGUGUUCUCUCAUUUUCCCAGAGAAAACUCCUGACUAAGGUAUUUAAGAAAUCUGCGAGUGAUCUGUUGUUAUGCUAUUUAUUAUUUAUUACACUGUCUAAAGCAUCUGUUGCAAUAGAUUUACUGUUCAGACAUGAUGGAUUACAUUUAAUAUGCACACAUGCCCACUAGGAUCAUAAUAUUCCAUUUUUAAGUGAAUGUAAGAAAAGGAAAACCACUGCAUUUGUGUUUUUUGAAGGAAAGAUCCUUAGAUUUAAAGGAAGAGGAUGCGCUUUGAAGGCAUGCACACACUAGUGAUUGUGUACAGCUUGAAUGGAAACUUCUCUUUCAAUCAUUAGAGAGUAGCACUUAACUUUCAGUAGUUCUAUUGCAGUCAGUUGUGUUAUUCAUAUUGUAAUCAUCACCCUAACAGCCAUUAGGUCUCAUGUUGUUUUCCCAGUGCAAAGUUCAUAAUCCUUCACAUUUAACAUAUAUGUAUCUAUUAGGAAACUUGUCCUCUCAUGUGCCAUUUUAAAGACAAACUUCUUUGGUAGUAUCCAGUAUAUCUAUUCUAUUUGUUAAAAAAAAACUAUUUUCAGAUGUUUUUGCCUCUGUGACAAUAAUAGAGGGUUUUUGUCUUUCAAGAGAUUUGUCCACCUUCACUCUACUGUCUUUUUUGCCUUAAAGGGAUACUUUUGAGUUCUAAUUUAGGACUGCUAAGAAAUAACCUCUGAAACGUGAUGACUUUUAAAUUUGUUUUCGAAAAUCACUGUUAGGGAAAACUAGGGCAGGAAAUUGAAAUUGUUCCAGUGGUAUGAGAACUUAGAAGCAGGAUGAUUCACUUUAUUGUUUCCCAAGGGUCAUUUUUAGUUUUUAUUGUUUAAAUGGUGUAGAAAGUGAAGCUUGUGCAGGGAUUGCUUUGAAAUAAGUCCACAUAGAUAUACUAACCCACAUAUAAGCUUUGUUGACAGUAUCCCUUUAUUUUUAUAUAGAGACUAAUAUUUGAAAAGUGGUUAUAAACUUCCCUCUUCCUAUUCUAAUAUUGUGUUACUUCAAACUUCUAUUUAAAAUAAGUAUUAAGAAAUGAUAUGAAGCUCCUAUAGGUAAUGUUUUUGCUUGAAACAUAUAAUCACUGUUUUAUGAUAAAUGCUUUUGGGAUAAUAGAAAGUUUUGUGAAAUAAUCAGCCUUAUGUGUAACUACUGUGAGUGAAAAUUUAAUAAAAUAUAUAUGCAUA